AAUGGAAGAUGGGGUUGCGCUCCAGGGAAAUACCAAUUGAAAUUUGAUGCAGAGGAGACAUGUUAUUUGUUGAAAGGGAAGGUGAAGGCAUAUCCAAAAGGGUCAUCAGAUUUUGUGGAGUUUGGUGCUGGGGACCUUGUGAUUUUACCAAAAGGACUUAGUUGCACUUGGCAUGUUUCUGUUGCCGUAGACAAGUACUACAAAUUUGAGUCAUCAAAUCAUUCUUCUUCUUCUUCUUCUUGAUCAUUAUGAGAUCUUCUUAUAAUUUUAUAAUUGGAUCAUUCAUGAUUAGUGAAAAUUGUGAUUAGAGUUAUUUGGUCGAAUUUUCAUUUUGAUUAAAAUUAAUUAAAGUGCCUAUAUAUUCUUUCACAGUUUUGGACUAUUUUGUGGGAGAUAGAUAGGUGUCUUUUUCUUGGAUCAUUAUUAUUGUUGUUAUUGUUACAAGAUUGUUAUUUGUCUACAAGCUAAUUCUUAUAAACAUCAUGGAGAAAGAAUUAUUUUU